AUGCUUUUCAAAACUUCUGAUCACAAAUAUGUUUUAAAAUUUACUGGUGGUACAUCUGUUGGAGAUGUCAACAAACAUGUCUUUCCUCUGAAGCGGGGUGGUUGUUCUUCGCCUUUUGUUCUUUGGGAUCAUGAGAGUGCACAACUAUUGAGAGUAUUUGCAACACAACUUCGUGCAACUAUGUUAGAGGUGGGAAUUUGUGACCCCGUUGAAUAUCCUUUGCAACUAUACUCUUUAUUAGGUCUCACAAUGAUCUUCAAAAUAAAGUGGAAUUGUGGAAAGUAUAUAUAUCCUAUUAUUGUCAUUGUGGAAAGUACAUAUCUGGAUUUCAUGAAUAGUUAUAAAUGUUACGACUAUCUCAAAAGUCGGGCAAUCCUAUUGUUGAUCAAAUUAAUGAUUACAUCCUUCAAAUGA